AGCUCGUUAAUCCACGUCAUUGUUUAAAGAUGGCGACCAGUGGCUUGGAAGGAGCAUCACAGGCAGAACUCCGACAUCGAUACCAGCCGGAGCUCGAUCCAGAAUGGAAUCCAAAUUUGCCUUACGGUGGAAAGGUUUAUCUAGCUCGUAAAAAAAAAUCUGAUCCAAUGUAUGUGCGCGUCUUGGAGGCUGGUCUGAUUAUCUUUACAUUUGCCAUGGUGUACUAUGCCUUCUUCUACUUCGACAACCUCCAUUUCCACGUGGUACAUGCCUAUGCACACCUUGGGUAUGCCCAUGCCCAACACCAGGUGGGCCAGAGAUAUCUACAUGGUAAAGGUGUUGAAAAACAUGACGAUAAAGCAAUGGAAUGGUUCAGAAAAGCAGCAGAUCAAGGUCAUGCUCACGCCUCAUACAACCUUGCUAUUGGCCACCUCAGAGGGAUGAAUGCAGGCUUAAAACCAGGUGAAGCACACACGCUGAUUCAUCACGCAGCAUCCAAGGGUGUGGAAGAGGCUGACAAGGUGUUAAAUACAAUCUGUACUCAGGGCGGUUGUGACUGAGUCUGAGAUAUGUAGUCUUGCACAUGUAACAUGAAUCGAGCCAACGAAAAGCAAUUUAAAUUGCCUAAUGUGUAUUUUGAAUUACUGUGUAGUUUUUAAGAUUGUUUUAAAGAAAUUGUAAAUGAAAAAUAUUUUGAAUCUUUUCACCAUUAUUUUUAUAAUUUAGAGUAUAACUGUUGUUAAAAGUAUAUUUUAAUUUCACAAUUCAUUAGUUUGAGGACUGAGUGGAUAAUAUUAAUAAUUCCAGUAAGAAUUCUGAUUAUUAUAUUUUUAAAAUUUGAGAGAUCAUGAGAUGAUUUGAACAUUUUAAAAUUUUUAAAAUUAGUUUUUAGCAAUGGGAUCAUCCCGUUAAUUACUCAAAUUAAACUCACUUGGAUUUACUGAGUAUUGUUUUUAUGUAUACCGGGUAUGUAUUAGGAAAACUACUUAAUUAAUACAUGUUGUUAAUACCUUAGAAAUAAUCAUUUGUUUCUUAUCAAAGGUCAUCAUGAAUUUACAACCUUGUGUAUUCAUUCAAAGACUACAGAAAGUUAAUAUUCUGACAUUUGGUCAAUAAUACUUUCAUUUAAAGUAAUAUUGUCACCUUUUACAAUUAACACUGUGUAAUAUGCACUUAAAUAUGUUAACAAGAAAAUUGUUCUUGGCCUUCAUAUUAUAUAUAUAUGUAACAAACAAAUAUCUCAGAUUGAUUAAAAUGCAAUUUAAAAAUCAUAUGAAACGUAAAGACAGUUAAAAAAACAACAAACACAAUUGCUCAUUAAACAAAAAACAGACAUUUUAGAAGUAUAGCUGAUGACUAUUAUUAAAUUACUGUUUCAUGUGGUAGAAAGUAAUAUUCAUUUGAUCUUUACAUGUUUAUUCAUUCCGUCCAAAGCUAUUUUCACUGCUGAAUAUACAAAAUUGUGAUGGUGAUGCAGAAAUAUUAUUUUAUUUCUAUUUUAUACAACAUUUUUAAUGGAUAUUCUGAUUCAUACAUUCCAUAAAUAAGAAAAUCAUUGCUGAAUAAAUAUAGAUUUAGCACAGACUGAAUAUUUCUGUAAUGGUUUGUCUAUUUUAUAUUUAUAAUAUCUUAUGUUCAGUGGCUUUUACAGUGUAAAUCCACUGAACAUAAGAUGUUAAUAUAAAAAAUAAAUAUUAUAUAUAUAAUAUUAAAAAAUAAAUAUAAGACAUGAAAUAAAACUGUACAGAGACAAAAAUAUUCAGUCUAAGAAUUGAAAUGAACACAUACAAUGUUAGUAAUUAAUUCGUAGUGCAUUAUAAGUAGUAUUUUAUCUAUAUGGUAUGGUUGCAAUGUUCUUGCUGAUCAUCUUUUAUAUCGUAUAUAAUAGACAAUCAUCUUUCAAUUAUACAAACUGUUGCCAGUGUUCCUGCCAGAAAGAAAGUUGUGGGUAUGGCACUAUAGAAUUGAAUGCAACCACAGUCAACUGGGGGUAUGUGAGGCCUCCCCCAGAAAAAAAAAAUGGGUUAAGUUUAGGGUUAGAGUUAAGAAAAGAGUAAUUAAUUUUGUCAAAAGGUUACCUUUUUUUUUUUAAUCUGCAAACAAAUCUGGGUAUGGCGCUAUACCUAUUUUACCCUCUGGCAGAAACCCUGGUUGCAUAUUUCAUGAAAAAUGUAACUUAAUGUCAAGCAAUUGUACAAUUUAAAAGAAGAAAUCAAAUUAUAAUGUAUAUAUUUCACACGUUUCUAAAUGAUUUCUAACGGUUUUUCUUAUCAAAGUACUCAUAGUCUGGUACCUACACAAUUUAGAUAAUAGAAAUUGGGAUUUUUAUUUACAUAUAUUUGUUUCUGAAAUACUCAUCAGUUUCAAGGAAAAUAUACUGAUGGAAUUGUAGACCAAAUUUAAUUCACCAUAAGCUUAGUAAUGUCUGUAUACUAGUAUCCCACAAAUGUGUGUUGAAUGUCAGUCGUGUCAAAUUGACUAUCAACUUCUGAACAAAAGGAUCGAGGGGUUUUCAUUAUUUGCUGUUACUAAUUAUAUGAUUACUUAUUUCUUUCCAUCAGUUUAUAGACUAUACAUUAGUACAUACAACUUUUACAUUAUUUCCCCCAUCAUCUAUAGUAGAUCAUAGGCCCAAACAGACUUUAUUUUCUCUCACUGUUUUAUAAUAAAUUGCUUUUACUGCUGACACUUACCUCAUUAUGCAGAAAACAUUCUGAAGUUUAGUUUGAUUUUAACCUUUAGUGCAAUAAUAUUUAAGUUUGUGUUUUUAAACUUGAUUUAUUAUUAUUAUUUGUAUUGUAAUACCUUUUUGUUGAUAAUAAUGAUUUUAUUAAUGUAAAGUAUUUGAUAUGAACUCUUGUGGUUAUGCCGUGACUGGUGUGUUGUAAAAUUGUUUUUAAUGCACCUAUCCACAUAAAGUAAAAUGUACGGCAGAAGCAAGUAGACAUUGGGGGUGGUGGGCUGACUGAGAUCAAGGGUGCCAAACAAAGUAUUUAAGGGGUUUGGGGGUAUGCUCCCCCAUAAAAUUUUAAAAUCUACAUUUCCUGAAAUGCAAUUUCCUGCAUUCUAUAAGUAAAAUUCAUCUCUGCCUUGAGAUUUACUACCAAUAAUAUUUUUGAUUGAGAAUUAUUAGUGGGGCUAGAUUGAAUGAUAGGAGCUGCCAGAUGGGAAGAAAUGGAAUCAACAUCCAAGUAGAAAAAUAAAAGUUGUGGGAUAGUUAAGUAAUAUUAAUAAUAAGUAAAAGUUUUAACACAAACAGUAUUUAAAUGUAACAGAAUAUGUACAUACAGAAAGAAAUUUACUGACAAAGUAUUGUCCACUAAUCCCCAUCCACCCCUCAAUAGAAAUAUAUAAAGGCCAGAACUGUUACCAUUCCAGUUUGUUUUAGAUCAAAGCAGCCAAUCCAUCAGUUAAUAAAUAAAAUAUAUUACAAUUAUUUUUUGAAGCCUUAUUUCAGCCUCCAUAUGAUAAUUUUUGUAAUAUUCAUCAUAGAAAAUAUUUGUAUUAUAUAAUUUGUAAAGCUACCUUAAUGAUCUUUACAUUUAUGUAGUGACAUUUGUCACAUAUGUAUCCGUCCAAAGAAUAAUGCAUAUUCUGAAAAUACCAUUGUUAUAGUGUUUAUCAUAAUUAUGGGUUGCAACAUAUAAACCUAUAAUUGUAAAUUUUAAAUACAUGUGUAUUAUUAAUAUUUAAAACUUUUUGUUUUCUUUAGUUUUGUUUAUUUUUUAAUUAUGACACAUGUUGCAAAACUGCUGACUGUUAGAUGUGUUACUGUCAUUUAUAUUGUGUUUUGUUUAAAUAAAAAAUAAUUAAAUAUUAAA